CACACUCACACCGGCUCUCUGCAGAUCACACUCUAGACUUCUAACCAGUCACUCGGUUCCUUAAGCUGGAAAGAAAAAGACAACAGCAAUAACGAAAUCAACAUCGAUAAAUCGAGGAGUCUGGACAUCCUGGAUAUCUGACAUCUGGAACUGUUGCUGGAUUAAUUGUUUUUUUUUGUUUUGGAAUAUUAGAAAUUCUUCUUAGGACGCUGAGAAAAUCUUUUCUCCAAGGAGUGUAAGGAUGCAGGCAGUUGUGUGCGGAGUGCUGCUGCUUAUUCUCUGUGCUGCUGGAGACGUGGUACGAGGCUGUCCAGGGUCGUGCUCGUGCCCCACGACGCCCCCCUCGUGCCCGGUGGGAGUGAGCUUGGUGCUGGAUGAGUGUGGCUGCUGUAAGGUGUGUGCGCAACAGUUUAACCAGGAAUGCAGCCCAGACAAACCCUGCGACCAUAUUAAAGGCCUGCGCUGCCACCUAGGGGCCGGAGGUGACCCACAACGCGGCCUGUGCAGAGCUGAAGCUCAGGGUCGGCCGUGCGAGUUCGGCGGUCGCGUGUACCAGCAUGGUGAGGAUUUCCAGCCCAGCUGUGAGCAUCAGUGCAGCUGCAUGGAUGGCGUUGUGGGCUGCAUGCCGCUCUGUCCACACCGCAUACCCCUGCCCUCCUGGCCUUGUUCCAACCCACGCCUGGAGCUGCCACCUGGCCGCUGCUGUGAGGAGUGGGUGUGUGACGACGACAAUCGCAUCAACGAAGAGCCCCGUGACUCACCAUCUGUGCAAACGCAUUCAAACUACAUCAACAAACUGCUGCACACUUUCAACCUCGUGGCCAGGGCAGGAGACGCCUUCCAAGAACGGACAUUGCUGCCUGUGUCUCAAGUUCCUUUUCCGUCCGCUAAGUGCGUCCAUCAAACCACGGACUGGUCCGAGUGCUCCGCCUCCUGCGGGUUUGGCUUCUCUAGCCGCGUGACCAACAUGAACCCGGAGUGUAAACUCGUCCAGGAGAUGCGUCUCUGUCAGAUCCAUGAGUGUGGCCCUCUGCCGUUAGUCAAGAAAGGCAAGAAAUGUAGACGGAUGCUGAGGGCCCGAGAACCGGAGCACAUCUCGUUCGGUGGCUGCACUACACUCAGGCGGUACCGGCCCAAAACGUGUGGCACGUGCACUGAUACAAGAUGCUGUCGUCCGUCCGAGACUCGCACCGUGCGUUUGCGCUUCCGCUGUCCUGAUGGAGAAAACAUCACACGUAACGUCAUGUGGAUUCAACGCUGUCGCUGCAGCAAGAGCUACUGCAGCGCGAACGGCAACAACUCGCUGCCUUCUGUUAGCCUGCACAACGACAUCCACACUUUUUCACACUGAUCACAGACACACGUUACACUUUACACAAAAAUACAUUUGCACCCCCUCGUUAAAAAAGGCAUUUGAAUAUAAGUUGUUGUUGUUGUUUUUUUUUUUUUUUUAAAAAGGCGUUUACACAAUUUUGGUUGUAAGCUAAGACAUAUUUGGUGUCUGAAUGUAGCUGGUUUAGCUUCUUUUUUGCACUAGCACUGUGACACUAAUUCAGUUAGAUGCUAAUUGUGCUAAUUCUGCUAACAGUUAAGCAGACGUAGGUGUCUGUCAUGCUAAAUUAUUUCCGUAAAUGACUGCAUGAUAGGGAAGGGAACCGCCAGGGACCACCUGAUACCAUAUUAUGCCGAUACCUAGGAGUCGAUUCGAUUUGUAUUGCGAUUCUUCAUUUUGUUACUACUCUAAACAAACGUAGCAAACAAUUUGCUCCAGAUAGGACGCUAUGCUGCUACACUGAAUUGUUUAAAGCCUACCACCGGUAGGAUUCUAAAGGAACUGCAUCCUUUCUUCCACCCCAAAUAGAAACAAUUUAUAGACAUUGCUUUAGACAUCACAACCUCCAUCCAUGGAAGGAGCACGACAAGAGCUUCUGUGCUGCAUGUUUUUAGCUAAAGUGCAAUUGCUCAUAUAAUUUCCUGUUCCAGGCACCAAACAUGUCUUAAUAAUUGUGUAAAUGUAUUUUUAGUUUUUGCCAUAAUGACGAUGAGACGUUCACCAGGAGUGAAAUCUCAUAAACCUCCUACGAUGGGGGUCUUUUCUCCCUCCUGCUUCACCCGAGAACGUGUUGUGUCUUUCUGCCGGGUGUGUGAGUGUGUUAGAGGGUAUGACUUCUGCUGAAACACUGAACAACUCGGCUACUGGACUUCUAGAGACCGGUUCCUGCUGGGACCUGACAUGUUGGACGCUUACCGUAUUUUACGGAUUAUAAGAGACUUUUUCAGUGGCGUAGGUUGGAAUAAUUUUAGGAAUUGAACGGGAAAUUAUUUCAACCAAUGUUAAUUAUGUUAAUCAUAACCUUAAGUUCUAAGUGCUUUUUGGUCAUUCUUUUAUUUGUUUUUUUUUUUUAUACCAAAAACAGACAUUUAAAAAUACGACAUAGUUUGUUCUUGGAUUACUGUUUUAAAAUCUAAUUUUGAGAAAUGGAAAACAAAUCAAAGGGUUCAAAAUUUUUUUUAUUUUUAUAGAAACACAUACAAAAUUUCAAUGUAACUUUGGCUCUUUAUAUUUAAAAAAAAAGAACUGCGCUUUGAUCAUAGAUUAUGAAACAUUAACCAAAACAUUAAUUAUGAUUUUUUUUUUUAUUCUUACUGACACUAAUAUUGACCAAAAAGUACACAAUUUACCAACAAAUCCUAUGGUAAGUUCAUAAGAUUUGUAUUAUAUUUUGUACUAUUUUUGCAUCCUAACAGCUAGCCGCAAAUAACAGCGUAACAGAUGCUCGUUUGCAGUUGACCUUUUAUUAACAUUGUUUUAUCACAAUUUCUUUAGAGUUUUUGCAAAAUGUUGUGUAACUCCAACGGGGGCAUUCAAGUCAAACCUAUACGUUUGAUUGUGCAGAAUAGCAGAACACAGUUAUGAGAGUAAAACUCCCUUUAUUCCUCUAUAUAAUCCCCUGAUACACUAAUGCACCUAUCCCAGUGUUUCACUAGUGCUUGGACACCAUCAAGGUAGAAAGUUUUCUCAGUACUCUGGAGCCAUGAUCAGACUUCCUGCUUCAUGGCCGAAACCCCGGCCUCCCAGGAACUCCUUGAACAGGAGGAAAAGACAUGUGGAAACGUCUUUGAGCGAGGUCAGGACUGUACGGGGGACGUGGCAAUGACUCCCAGCAGUGUUCCUGUAAUGUGCAUGUGGUGUUGGUGUUGAAAGUUAUCCGGCAAUUUUCAGGGAUCAGGUGUUCCACUUGCUGAAUACUCACAGAAAUGACUGCAGCGGGCUCAGAGCCAUGCUUCGGCCUUUUAAAAUGCAUACAUUGGUUUAAUGAUGAACCUCCGGGUUUGCCUUGAACGCCCCUCAUAUUUUAACAUUUACAAACUGUUUUUUGGACUACUGUAAAGCAGCAUUAAUACCUGAUUUUUUUGCUCAAGGUGAUGUUAUGUGAUUUCACAUAAAAUGUUCAUUUGUAAUCAUGGCUAGCUAAAUUAGUUUUCCACAAAUAUUUAACUUUAGGAAGAUUACAAUCUUUAUGAUUCUCUCAAGCCUCGAAUGUUUUUUCGUGAAUCUGAUCAACAUUUAGUGCAGAAUUCAUAAUUCUUUAAUAUUAAUCGUAAGUUGGAACCUAUGUACUGAACUUAUGUUUUCACAAACAUAUAAUUUCUUCCUGACUUUCUAUCACAGUCGAUAGGAAAAAGAACGACGAGCACUAGCAUGAGAAAAGCGACAAGCACUUCUUAUAUCUUAAGGAGUUGGACGUGGACAUGGACCUGAUUCAGUCCACAAAAACAGUCUGUUGAGACAAGAUGGACAUCGGAUGGGUUCAUCGGUUCGAGCGAAACAAAUAUUGUUUAACUUUGUAUUAUCCAGUGUAUUGUACGUGGUUAUGUUGUGCUUUGGUAAUAGACUACAGGAGUGCUUCACUUCCUCGUGUGUGUCAUUACGUGGUUAUUUGUGGAGAAAGAAGUCUACAGUCAGACUGUACAGAUACAGAUGAUUAUGAUUGUGUAUUAUUAGAUGAUAUCUAGAACAUUAAGGCUUGCAUUUCCUUUUUGUACAGUAUACUGGCUUCACGGGCAGUGGAGUGACCACGAUUAUAGAGAUUGCUCCAUUUUUCGGGGCGUACUUACUUUCGAUUUUCUGAGCUGCUCUCUUGUGUAAGAGUGUAUUGGAGUGUAUGCGUGUAUGUGUGUCUGCGUGUGUGUUCUAUUUACCAUGUUGGCUGGCGUUGACCUUCAGUGUUAAAGUCAA